CCAACGAUCAUUGCAGUACACAGAAAAAUACAAUACAAUCACAUUUUCGUAUACAAUUACCAAAAAAAAAAAAAAAAAAACCAUUCUCGUAUAAUUCUAUCUACCAAUCGAAAUUUUACACGGAAUCGUUCUGAAAACCAGAGCUUUUCACCUAAUUGUCUUAAAGCAGUAUCCAUUCUCUUUCUCGCUCUGGAAAUCGAUCCGAUAAUUUUCUCUCUCUAGAAAAAAAACUCAGCGAAGAUGAUGCACAUGACCUUCUACUGGAGCAAGCAGGUGACCCUCCUGAUUGACUCAUGGCGGACCAACUCAUGGACCAGUUACAUCCUCACCUUACUGGCCUGCCUUAUUGUUUCUGCUUUCUAUCAGUACUUGGAAGAUCUUCGACUCCGCCUCAAACUUGCUUCCGCCGGAAAACCUUCCCCGUCGUCGUCUCCGGCGCAGAUCGAGAUCCCUCUUCUCCAAAAGUUCUCCCGCCUCCAGGGAAAGUGGUCACAGGCUAGACUCGGUGGAGCUGCGCUUUUCGGCGUCAACGCGGCAAUCGGGUACCUACUCAUGCUCGCGAUCAUGUCGUUCAACGGAGGCGUGUUUGUGGCCGUGGUGUUGGGUCUCGCCAUUGGUUACUUGGUUUUCCGAGGUGGGGAUGAGGAUAUCACGCUUGUUGUUGACAAUCCUUGUGCUUGCGCUUGAAGUCCAAACACGAAAAAGAAGAAAUCGGAUCGGAUUCGAUCGGCUUCAGUUUUUCUUUUUCUUUUCUUUUUUUUUUCUUUUUUUUUUUUUUUCAUCCCCCCUUUGUACGACUGAUCAAAUUAAAAGGUAUAAAUUAAAAAAAGAUCUCUAUGUUCAGGGA